GUGUAGUUUAAUCUCGGCGCACACGGGUCCGUUGGUUCGUUGCUAUGGCUUCCGUAUCCGGCUCACUGCGCUCAAGUGAUAGUAUAGUUUUAAAAAAAGCACAAUAGAACAGACUGUUUUUGAGAUAUGUGGCUUCUUCGACUAGUGGGACAUCAGAACCAGUUUAGUUUUUGUCUCAUCCACGAUCGCUUACCUUCCAUAUCCGUGUAUGUUUCCAACAUGAUUCAUUCGAACGUGCCUGUACGAUGCUGUGUUUUGAUGAGAUCAUAACUUACUCGCCGAAGCAUACGCAAUGAGGCUGGGCCGAAUAAUACAAAAACAGGAACAAAUCAAAGCAUUCGCUUGUGUUCGUUUUUUGGUUCAAGCACAUCAAUUCAAGCGCUUGAUAGAGUGAAACCCCGUACAGCUCACGGACCGGACCAUGACCGUGCUGUGCUCCCAUCAUCGGAUAGUUGAAAGGGAACCGUCCAAAGUUAAUCCCUGCUGGAAAUCAUGCACUGUUUUCUCCUUGCUGCUGAUAGUUUCCUCGUGUUUAGUGGUUAGUUUCAGCCUGCAUGGAUUAAUUGUAGACUACAAAAAUCAUUGUUUGCUCAAAGCAAACUUACAUUUCAUCGAGAUACCAGCCGAUAAUGGAACCAUUCCCAACGGAACAAACCAAACGGAUGUUCAGUACGGAAUUGACGAAUAUUGGAGCAACUGGAACAGCGAUACCUAUUGUGACACACUGAAGAAUAUGCCACUCUUUCAGGGAAUUUGUUGUACUAUAUGGCUAGCGAUUUUCCUCAUUCACGGUCCAGGAGGAAUUCUACCACAGCCCUGGCGUAUAGUGUUUCCAUCGUUAAUAUUUUUCCUGGGCUGUGUAAUAGUGUCCCUUCUCACGGCAACGUUCAUCACACAAGGGCUCACGCAUCUGUGUGCCGAAUUUCAAAAGGUGAACUCAGUGCAUGGUCUUAGCUGCGCCCGGUUGAUUGUUUACUUUUCAUUAGUGCACGAAAACACAACUCUGGUACAAGUAGAUAAGAACUUUUUCCUAACGCUUGUCUUUGCCUGGGUAUGGUUCGGUGCUACCGUUUUUGGUUUCUUCAUAAUACUGCUUCGAAUCCUGCUUAUGCCCGACUUUGAACUGUGCCGCGUGGUAAUUUCGAUGCACGGGGGACAUCGAAGGAAAGACCUGUCCAUGCUGCCGGUAAAAGAACAUGCUAGUUGUGAUAGUUCGGAACUAUGAUGAUUGGUUUUGGUGAAUAAAUUUGUUCAAGUGAAACCGUGUAUCAAGGGAAUAUUAUAGUGAUACUAAAACACAAUCCGGCACACCUUUGCAAUUUGCAUUAAUUUUUCUCUUCUGUUGGUUGGUGCAAAUGGGUCAGGUUUUACUGAUCUGGUUUUAAAAGUGUUUGGUAAUCUUUUAAAAAAUAACAUUAAAUAAACUUUCAGUUAUCG